CCCACCUGCCUCCCCUUCAUCCUCUGCCACACCUCCACCCUCAAAAUUACACUCCUUCCUUCCUUCCUUCCUUCCUUCCCUGCCUUCAAUUUUCCUGCCAUUUCUUCUGCACCAUGUGCAGCUCCAAGGCCAAAGUGACUGUUGGCAUUGAUGCCAUUCCAACCCCCACUGUUGCUAGAAUCAAUGGCAGGCCGGUCCUUCAACCCACCUGCAAUCUUGUUCCUAGAUUGGAAAGGCGUAAUUCAUUGAAGAAAGUGACCCCAGCACCUUCCCCUCUGGCACCACAACCACCACCACCUCUGCCAACUUCUGCUACUAGUCCUAGAACCAAGGCUUUGCUGACACCUCCAAUCUCUCCAAAGUUGAAAUCCCCGAGACCACCUGCAGUAAAGCGAGGGAAUGACCCCAAUGGAUUGAGUUUGAGUGCAGAGAAGAUUGUCAUCCCAAAAGUUUCCACCAAAACUCCUACUUUAGAGAGGAAGAAGUCGAAAAGUUUCAAGGGUAUUAUUUAUGGUGAUGGAGCUGCUGUGAGUUGUGUUGGGGUUUCUCCUCUUGUGGAGGCAUCCUUGAGUUACUCUUCGUCUUUGAUCACUGAGUCUCCAGGAAGCAUUGCUGCGGGGAGAAGGGAACAGAUGGCUCUGCUUCAGGCACAGAGAAAGAUGAGAAUUGCCCAUUAUGGAAGAUCGAAGUCUGAAAAGUUUGAGAAAGUGGUUCCCUCUGAUUAUUCGAGUGAUAUCACAUCAAAAAGGACUGAAGAAGAGAAGAGAUGCAGUUUUAUCACACCCAAUUCAGAUCCCAUCUAUGUCGCUUACCAUGAUGAAGAAUGGGGAGUUCCUGUCCAUGAUGACAAGAUGUUGCUUGAAUUGUUGGUCUUAAGUGGUGCUCAGGUUGGUUCAGAUUGGAGCUCAAUCUUGAAAAAACGCCAAGAUUUCAGGAAUGCAUUUUCAGGAUUUGAUGCAGAAAUUAUUGCCAAGUUCGGUGAUAAACAAAUGAUGUCAAUUUGUUCAGAAUAUGGCAUUGACAUAAGCCGACUUAGGGGCGUCGUCGACAACUCUAACCGAAUUCUUGAGAUUAAGAAAGAGUUUGGGUCAUUUGACAAAUAUAUUUGGGGGUUUGUCAAUCACAAGCCAAUCUCCACUCAAUACAAAGCAGGCCACAAAAUCCCUGUGAAGACAUCAAAAUCAGAGAGCAUUAGCAAAGACAUGGUCAGGAGGAACUUCAGGUUCGUCGGUCCGACCGUGGUUCAUUCGUUUAUGCAAGCCGCCGGCCUCACCAACAACCACCUGAUCACUUGCCACAGGCACCUCCAGUGUUCCUUGAUGGCAGCCACCCGCCGCACCACCACAGAACCAGCUCUAUAGACUCAAAUGACAUCAAAGAAUAAGGAGAGAAGAUAAUCUAGAAGUGCUCAAAACAUUAAGUCUGCAGAUUGCAUAGUUUGCUAACUAUAUUUUGGGGUUAAUGGUUGUGUACAAUACUGAAAAGAUAGAAUUGGAUUUACUUGUGAGACGCUGUGAAUUUUUUUUUAUGACAGUGUGUGUAUUUGAAAUAGAUAAUUUAGAAGAGAUUGAUUGUUAGGGAGUAGAAGGGAUAGGGAUAUGGGUGUGGUGCAAAGGUGGGAUCAAGGGGCCAAGGAGAUUGGCAGCAGUUGGAAGGCAAUGGCAUGUGUUGGUGUCAGUUUGCUUUUUUUAUUGCAUGUGAUCAACAAGACUUUGCAUUAUUUGGGUUUCCUUUAACAGCCUGUGUGGGAUAAUGGUAGAGGGAAAGUAGGACCACCUUUCCUUCUAUCUUGCUUUGUUUUAUUGAGUUGUACUUUAUUUUUCUAACUUUUUUGGGUUGUGGGGAAUAUUUAUACCCCUAAUGUAUCCUGGAUUUGGUGUGGUUUUUCUGAGUUGUAUUGAUACAUUUGCAUGUGCUUUUA